CCAUGCUCAAAGCAGCUUAACGAAUGAACGGAAAACAAAUACUACUAGCUGCGUGUUAUAUACAUUUCAUCUCGUCUACAUCUCUGCGACUCCGGGAUUUCAUUAUCAUGACAAUACCAAGACAUCCUCCGUUUCGGUCACAGGAAAGCGAACAACAGCAGACACCAUAAAGAGACAAUAAGUGAGUAGGUAGAACAAGGCCAAGCAAGUAAGUGUCCAUGUGACGAUGCGCGCCGGGCGACGCACGAGGCGAGGAUCGCGAGCGCGCGGACGUCGAGAAGAAAUACAACUCGGAGUUGACCGGAGUACACGCCCACGAUAUGUGCGAGCAAUGGGGUGAAGCUCAAUUUUCAGGCGCGAUGAGGGUGCGGUGUAUGCCAAUGGGAACCGUAGGCACGCUGUGAGGGACAAAACUCGCCCCGUAGCGCGCGCCGUCGAGAAACUCGUGUGCUGUCUGAAAACGAUCAUACAGUGAAGUAUCAGGGUGAGGGGGGGGGAGUUGCAUGCCGCGCUCCCGAGGAUGCGACACUCAUGCGGAAGACGUCAGCACCUCGUCGAUCAGCUCCCAGUCGAUAAUUCCAUCCUCAGCAUUUGCAACGCUCUGAGUAUGGCGAUCAUCAGUCAGCGGGUCUUCGCCCGACCGCACAAUGCGGCGCCGCGCGAACGGCGAGUCGCGCCCCACGGAAGCGAUAGGGGUCGUGCCUUCGCUCGGAGGUCCGGGAGCCGAGGGGAGAAGUGGAAGUGGACGAAUACGUGAUACGGAGGGUCGGCGUGGUAGAGGGAGACUGUGCGAAGACGUAGCAGGGGCAUACGUGGGUGUUUGUGUGGGAGUCGCGGACGAACCUGAAGACGACGAAGACGACGAGGAUGAGGUCGCUGAGCGAAUGGAUGAUAGAGAAUGAGAUGGUAGGUGGGACGAGAUGCGAGAUGAUGGCAAAGCUGUUGCUAGUGGGUCAUCUACUAGGGAUGAUGGGACGGAAAAGGACAAUGGUAGUGGUAAUGGGGGAAGUGGAGGUGGAGAUGGGAGUCUGACAAUUCGACGAGGAGAGUAUGGCGGUGCUGGCGAGCUGGGCACGGUCGAGGCAGCCCCGCUGGUGGUAUCAGGUGUGCGCGGUCGUGAAGUGUUUGGUGGCUGAUCGCGAGCUUUCUGUGCCGGAGACUCAGGAAGACAAGGUGGUGUGGAUGGAUUUGACAUGGGCGGUCGCGGCAGCGGGCGCGGUUUGUGGAAGUUGAGUAUUGAUGGUGAUGGAGAUGGGGGUAGCGAUGAUGAAGGACUUGACACGGAUGACGGAGCCGCGGCAGAGAACACUGAAGAAGAUGCAGACGACGAUGUGGAGGAAGAGGAUGAAGAGGAGGCGAAGGAUGCCUCGGAGAUCAUCGAGGGUGUCAGCGUGCGAGUGCGAGUGCGCGCGGGGAGACCGAGCACGAUGGGCUCGGAGCCCAUGGACAGCGCGAAGGAAUGCUUGAGGUCUGCGUUGGAGAACAAUUUGGGUCCCGCAGUGGUGACAGGGAGUGUCAAUGAGGGAUGACGAUAGCUCGGGGAGGGAGUCUCUUUCUCUUGAUGAGGGCCGAAGGGUAAAAGUCGGGCAGUGGUAUGGCGCUUCAUUUGCGCUGAGACAAGACAGUCGAGAGCAAGGGGUGUUCGAUGCAGAUGUGCGCGACGAGUCGGGGCGGGAAGACACGAGCGUGGUGGUUGAGACGAGGAAGGAGGCGGGG